GGCCUAUGAUGUUAGACUUGAAUAACUGGCCUGCUGUCAAACAUCAGAAGACCAAAGUGUCGUUGCUCAACUAACUGGAAAUUAUUUGAUUAUUGGUUCAGAAGACGAUUGAUCAGACGCAAAAAUAGCCCAACAAUGCAGUGAGGAGGUAAUAGUCGUUCUAUUGAAGCAGCGUUUUUAGACCAGGCGGUUACUUGGGUUCGUUGCCAAAUGAGAUCUAGUGUUAGUCCGAGUCCCACGGUGGGGUAUCUUAUCAUCUACUGCUUGGUGUCACUGUCCCUUUCAUCCAACCAGAAUGAUGCAGUAAGCAGCAGGCAUGCUAUCGAAAAUGAAGUACAACCUCCAAAAGAGGUGGCUGUUCAUCCUAGAGAGAAGGAGAGUGUGGAUUCUAAGGAAUAUUUGAUGAAAAUAGAAAAUCUUGACUCUGUAGAACUGUCUCCAGUUGUUACUGUAGACACUUCCCACCAAAGGAUUCUCCCAACCACUGAACAUCCAAUAGUUUCGGAAGACAGUAACCUGACACCAAGUGAAGUGACAGUUCCUGUGGACAAUGGAGACGCGGAGCUGUCGGUACCGAUGGUUGAGGUUUUAACAACCCUAGAGAAUGAAGAGGAAGCUGUUUAUGCAGAAACUUCGGUGAAUGAUGUUUUACCUACAGAGGCUGAAUCUAUUGUCCAGUUGGAAAAAGAUCUAGGCACAGUUAAUGUACUUAACGUAACUAAUAAUGUAACCCGAAAUAAUGAGAGUGGAUCUAGUGAAGAUGACAUUCCGUCGUUCAGCGAAUGGACAUUAAAAGUGUUAGCCGAAGAAGAAAAGUCUGGUGCAAACGGGAGUUCCGGUGUGCAAACUUCUGUCAAAAUAUCAGCCACCCCAAAAUUGCGGCAAAAAAACUAUGCUUCACCGGAUUGUGGAGCAAAGAUAUUGGCCGCCAAUGGCGAAGCUGAACACACAUCUGCUGUGCUGGAUCCAUCCAGAGAUGAAUAUUUUUUAAGUAUCUGCUCGGCCAAAAUUUGGUUCGUCAUCGAAUUAUGUGAAGCCAUUCAAGCCCAGAGGGUGGGCAUUGCCAAUUUCGAAUUAUUUUCGUCAUCGCCUAAAGAUUUCCGUGUUUACAUAAGCGAUCGCUACCCUACCCGUGACUGGGCUUUGAUUGGCCUGUUUACUGCUGCCGAUGAAAGAUCCAUUCAGAGUUUCACACUCGAACGCCAGCUUUUCGGCAAGUUUGUCAAGGUAGAGUUGGUCAGUCAUCAUGGCAAGGAACAUUUUUGCCCAAUAUCGCUUUUUCAUGUCUACGGUAACAGUGAAUAUGAAGUACUAGACAAUGAAGAGGAUUCUCGAUCGGGAUCAGUUACACACCGCCAUGAAGAGGAUUCCACAGAAGAAGAAAUGCUUUUUGAUUUGCUGCAAAAUAAUAGCAGCAACAGUGAUGUUGUCGUAGAAGGUCGUAAUUUAUUUGGGAGUGCUAAAGACGCUGUUAUCAACAUAGUGAAAAAAGCUGCAGAAGUUCUUACCAAAAGUCCUGCCCCGCAUAGCGUGAUGGUGUCGAUCAAUGAAACGGGUAAAAACGAAGAAGAUAACCGCACCACCUGCUAUACAGCGGUUCAUUCAGUCAAUGUGUCAAGAUCGGUGAACGGUUCUCUCAGCUGUGAAUGGAAAGAAUUAACUUUUCUUUCCUCAUUGUCAUGGCUUCAGCCAUCUAUAGUGCGCCAAUGCCAGGCAGAAUCUUCUGAUCAAGUGUUCUCUUCAAUGGAACUUGCCUUUGCCCAAUCCAUUUGGAAGCCAUCAACCAUUCAAGCGCUCUGCCACUUUAUCUUGCCAGAAGAGUCACAUGUUUCAGCCUCCUUGGAACCAGUCAUUCCACUAAUUACCGAAUUUGAAUUGCCUGAAAAUUUGAUUCCUUGUAGUGAAGUUCCCCAAGCCAAUGAAGCAGAAAGCAAUCUUGACGAGCAGCCGAACGCUGAACAAAGUGAGCUUGAAAGUUUGGAACAGUUGUUCGCUGAAGAGAUGGAUACGGUGGCAACGGCACCGGAAGAUGUGCCAAUCGGAGUUGAAGGAAAAUUAGGUGAAGGAUUCAUAAUUGAACCUUCAAAACCGAUUAGCACAACAGCAAGAACAGCAACAAAAAGAGCAGCAGCAACACCAGGAGCAGCAACAGCAAAAACUAAAUAAGGAGCAGCAACAACAACAACAAAAUAGGAGCAGCAGCAACAGCAACAACAGGGUCGUCAGCAACAAAUGCAAAAAGAAUCAGUGUUUGUCCGCCUAUCUAAUCGCAUUAAAGUACUAGAACGCAACAUGUCGCUCUCUGGACAAUAUUUAGAAGAACUAAGUCGUCGGUACAAACGCCAAGUUGAUGAUAUGCAAAAAUCCUUAAAUCGUACACUGCAGACUUUAAACGAUACGUUGCAGCGCAUGAGCACCCAAGAAGCGCAUUAUCAACUCGUCUUAGGACAGCUUCACGGAGAUAUGGCCGAAUUAAAAACUUCGGCCAUCAAACUGGCAGAAGAAAAUGUUGCCCUUCGAGCUCAGACAAUCGAGCAACAUUUGUUUCUCAUGGUGGUUGAGGUGAUUAUCAUAGCAGUUCUAGUCGUGUUUCUCUUACACCACUUUAACCGCCAUCAACCUAAUCUACCACCUAAUCUUGGCAACUCGCCAAUUCAGCGACAAAAGGAUCAUCAGCCUGCUCCAUUGGAUUUCAGGCUCGAGGUCGGCCAGAAGGUUGAAGAAGUUGAAAUGGUCAAAAAGACUUCACAAAUGUCCCUGAAGUUAUCUGAAAAGACCUUGCAACCAUACAAGACAAAAAUGCAGGUCAGUCCGGCUCCAAGUGUCGCUGACAGCUCGAGCUCCGGGUGUGAGUCGGCUUUUAGCUUUCCUAAUUCAAAUUGCACAACAACUAGCCGUGACCCAAGUCCGGUUGAUGGUAUUAAAUCGCGAAGCAAAUCGGGCAAGGCUGGUAGCAAAAAACAACAAAAGAAAAAGAAACACAGCCUUAGUUUCAUUCCGAGCGAUAAAAAUUCCAUCCAUCAUACAAAGGAUGUUAGAUCGGCCACCAUGCAUCCACCCAAAAUUCGGUUGAAAUCUGACAAUUGGGAAUGGCAUUCACGAGCUAAAAUCCUUGCUGCCCAGUUCAUCAAGGAGAACUACCAAACAACCGGAAUGCGAAGUAGUUUUUGAAAAACAAAAAAGCGCAGAAUCGAUAAAAAAAAGGGGGGAAAAGAAUCCGUACAGUUGGAUAUGAAAAAUUUCUGUCUCUCUUUUUUUAACACGUUUCUUUUCCAGAAAAGGAACAUUCGUUGUAAUUUUCUAGACUAGGAAUUGGUUAAAAUAUCGACAGGGAAAAUGCCUUCUGCGACGUGACAUGGGGAUAUCCGAAUUCUUAUUACAUACCUUUUUUAAACGAUUGUUAUUCCUGCUCUAGUCGCGACAAUUGGAAAUGGAAAAAAAAAUCUUUCCUUUUAUUUUAUUUUGCGAAAUUGUAGGCUAUUCUUUGUGAUAUUUUGAUGACUUAUAUAAUGUGCUUUACAUGUAUUUCUCUUUCCAUCCACAAACUUGCCCGUUAAGACUGACCGUUAAGACACGAAAGCAGAAAAAAAAAACUUGACGACGGAGCGAAAAUUCUCGUCAUUGUUAAAUAUUGAAGAACCCACCGGUAACUGGUAGCAUUUUAGUUGACAACCGAUGCAGGGAAAACUAAAGAAAGAGACUGUUGAUUAAAUUUUGAGUCAGCACGAGCAUAAAUUGCGGUGAUAUUUAAACGAUUCAAUGGGUUCUGUCUGAAUUUUCUCCUACUUUUUGCAUCACGGCUGAAGGUGUUUGUUUUGUGUUCAUUCUUUUAAACGAUAUACUCGCUUGCUGUUUCAAUACAAUUGGCUCAUUUUACAAUGCA